CCUACCUGGUUCAUGCCGGCAUUGACGAAAAGUAAACUGGGGUCGCCGCGGGGUCGCACGGAAGCAGAUGAGUGACAGCUGUGACCACGAGGCGCACCCAGGCAGGCCCUUGUGAUGCGGUCCAGAGUGCUCACAGGGCUCCUCACAAUUCCCUGCUUUUGGUUUGGGAAAUUAAACAGGUUGAGAGGAGAAUUGCCAAGGUGAAAAUCCAAUAGGGGCGGAAGAGCUGAGGUCAGUGUGGUCACUUACAAGGCCUCAGCCAUCAGGAAGCAACACCCUUACUCUGGGAAUGGAAAUUGUCCUUCCUGAUUUCCCCAUCGGCUUUGACACCAGGAACCUGAGAGCUGGUGAAUGGAGCUGAGAACUCCUUGUGCGCAUGCGUGCUCUCCCAUCAGUUCCACCUUGGAUCCUACGGUAGGUGGCAGGCCGGUCCACCUGUUGCUAAGAGACACGGAAGUAGUGCUGGCCUGAGGCAGGGACUGGAAGCAGCUCCUGUGGGAACCCGGCGGGGGCAUGGGGGCUUGGACUGUGCAGCUCAACGAUGUGAACUUCCUGGGAUCAAAAAUUCAAGGAUUAGUGGACCCUUUCGGUUGCUUUUAAUAUUUAAAGUGAACUCGUGCACAGAUGAGUCUACACACCGGAAACGGCCCGCAGGGCUGUCGGAGCCCCUCCACCACCAGAACGACCUGCCCCGGAGAGCUGGAGAAGGUUCUGGAGAAAGUAGACGCUGGCACUAAACACAAGGAUUUCCUGGAUUCUGAGGGAUGUAUCGCCAAUACAACAUCCUCCGACCAAAGGGUCAGCCCCUCGCAUUCUGCAGUGACAGCUGGAAACAUCAGUGAGCCCGCAGCCCCCUGCAGAGUGCCUGCUCUCCUAGACCCUGCGGCAGAUGUGGAUCUGAAAUCCUCCUCCUCACGUUCUGAUCACUGCUCCGAAACCUCAUUGCCUGAAGUCCAAAAGGAUAAAUAUCUGGAGGAGUUUAGCAUGCUAAAGUUACAGACAAAAGAUGGGCAGCGUCCCGAGUGGACCUUUUACCCAAGGUUUAGCAACAGUGUCCACACCUACCAUGUCGGAAAGCAGUGCUUCUUUAAGGGGGUCUUCCUCGGCAACAAGAGGUCUCUAGCGGAGAGGACGGUGGACAAGUGCCUCGGGAGGAAGAAAUAUGAUAUUGACCCCAGGAAUGGAAUCCGGAAGUUAACCCCAGGAGAUAAUCUAUAUAUGUACCCGGAGCAGAGCAAAGACUUCCACAAAGUAGGGUCAACUCUCCCACCAGUGAAUUUUUCAAUAGUGCCGUAUGAAAAGAAAUUUGAUACGUUUAUUCCACUUGAGCCUCUUCCACAAAUUCCCAACUUGCCUUUCUGGGUAAAGGAGAAGGCCAACGUGCUGAAGAAUGAGAUAAGAGAAGUUGAGGAACUUGACAAUUGGCAGCCAGCAAUCCCUUUGAUACACAGUUUAUUCUCCACUGGUGGGUUCAAAACCUUCAAAGGAUAG